AUUUAUAUCAGUAUUAUUUGCAAAUCGUAUUUAUUUCUCUACUUCUGACAGUUCUGAAUGUUUCUGAUGGAAACAUUUCAAAAUGUUCGGGUGUCUGAUUUGCUUUAUCACAAUUGCAAUGGAAACUUACUGCCUGGUUGCUUAGGCUGGUAUUGGGAAACCCAAACCCAGUUAAAAACAGAUGAAUAGACGUUUAAUGUGAAAAUGAGGAAACACAAGUUCUCACAUAAACUGUUGAUGCGCUGAAGCCCCUUAUUCAAAAUUUUGUCUCAAACUAAAAGGAAGAUUGAAGAUUUUAAGAAGAUAAGAUUCCCAAAAUGCCUUCCAUGGGUCGUCCUUACCUUCAUCACUGUUGAUAAUCAACUGAAUUAAUUUCAUUUUGUAGGGAAAAGAAAUUGAUUCCCCAGUCUAACUGUGCAGUACUGCUCUGCAAGCUUUGCAUCAGCAGGUUUACAGAAUGUUUUCAUAGGCUAUAUUCUUUUUAUAUUUUUGGCACAAACUGCCUUUCAUCUACACAUAAAUUCUCUUUUUUUUUUUUCUUUAUCUUGUAAAUUAUUAUGUUGUGUUUUAAUCUUUCUUGGAAGCAGUAUGACUUUAUCUUGGAAUGCAUUAUACUGUCAUAAUGUUAAUGUGGACCAAUUCAUUAGCUGUCUUCAGAAGGUUUCUGUCCUGCGAGGAACAUAAAAUGCAUGAUGUUACAUCUGGAUCAGGCACUCCGUUGCUACUGUUUCCUGGCUAGGGAUGGUCUGAGAUCACUGAGCCCAAAAUACUUGCUGAAAAGGACUUGGUUUCCACUUCUGUGCCUCUGGGUUUCAAGGCUGCUUGGGAAGCUGUGCUUGUGCCUCUGCCUGUGGACCAGACCUUCCACUGCACUGGUAAUCCCGGUCCCUGGCCUUCAGCUCAGGGGCAGCUCUCCUGCUGUGCCAGGGCACUUGGGCUGCCUCAGGAGAACAGGACAGGAGUGCCCUCCCUGCAGUCUGAUUACCUGAUCAUACAAGGUGGACAACCUCUUGUGCUGAUGGCUCCUAAAGUAUAGACCAUAGACACUUGAAAUCCUGAAACUAUCACCACAACUUUGCUUUCAGUGUUGUGGUAGUUGUGGUAGCUGGAAGUGAUGCAGAUCUGGCCAGCUCAAUUUGUCUGUGCUGGAAGAAGUGGGAGUCUCAAUGUCUGUGUAUCCAACUGCUCAGCCUCCUUUUGCUGGUAGAGGAGAGGACAUAUAUGCUGAUAAAAUGAUACUACUGAUCAAUCCUGACAAGUGCUUCAGAGGGAUCCCCACUGAAUUACAACAAGACCAUGUACACCAGUGUUGAAUCAGCCCAAAGUGCCUGCCUUGGGCUUUUGCACAAAGUCAGUUAAACAUGCAUACUCUCCCCUGUAGGGGCAGGGCCAUAUUCCAGGUUGCAGGGAAAUCCCAAGUGUUGUUCUGGUACCAGAGGGCAAAUCGCACGUAGCCAUGCAGGGCAGUGGUUGUUCCUCUCCUUUUCUCCUCGCACGCGUUGAGCUGCUGGGCUGUGUUGUGCCAUUAGCCCUGGUAGCAGGGAGGAGGCAGCUGGAGGAGCAGCAGAGUGCAAAGAGAAAGCUUUCUGCAGCGUGGAGGGUUUGCCUCCCUCCCCCAUCUUCAAGGUUUUUACAUCUGCUCCCAUAGUCACCAAAGAGAGAAAGAUAUACCAACCCACACCAAACCCACAGAGGCAGAGCUGUGAAGCUCUCACCAGGAAGCUGACUUACGCUAAACCUCUCCACUCUUUCUCAUCACGCUGCAUCUGGGUCUGCUGUGACUCUGAUGAGCCAGACCCAGUUGCCAGGACAACUUUGGCCUGUAUGUGCAGGUGUCUCUGGUUACCUUUAGAGCUUUUGGAUUUUUUCUCCUCUCAACGAUAUAAUUGUUCUAAUCUGCUGAAAAAGAAGUCUAUCUGAAAAAGCCAUGAACACAGAACACCACUCUUGUUUUCUUCUUCCCUUGUCUCAUCUAGGAUAGUUGACUUCCGUAACAUGCGUUUUCAACAGGCUCUUUCAGCUUCCUGCCUCUGCUGUGUUUCCACCUUUGGAUGGGGCAGGAGUUGAACUGUGGAGUCUGGCAGAGGCCAGCUUUAUCGUGGGAUUUAUCCUGAAUAAAAUACUUUCAGGAGAAAAAGAAACAUCAUUUGACUCACUGAAGAUUUAGAACCAACAGAGUCAUGUGGGAGAAAAUGAAAUUUUAGUCUCAAGUGACGGCAUCAAGUCAAUAAGAAGUAAAGAGAUUUGGAUGGUUUCUCACUAAAUGGAAGUUAUAUAGAAGGCCUCUAAGACCACUGCAUCUCUCCAUCCCACGCCUGCUGCACAGAUACCACACUCUUGGCCUUGGAUGUUAACAAAAUGCUGGAUUCAGUCAAGUGCGUUCUGGUGGGAGACUCUGCAGUUGGAAAAACAUCUCUCUUGGUACGUUUCACCUCUGAGACUUUUCCAGACGACUACAGACCCACCGUAUAUGAAAAUACCGGGGUGGAUGUCUUCAUGGAUGGUAUACAGAUUAGCUUGGGUCUUUGGGACACGUCUGGCAGUGAUGCCUUUAAAGGCAUUCGCCCCCUGUCCUACCAACAGGCAGAUGUGGUGUUAAUGUGCUACUCAGUAGCAAACCACAAUUCCUUUCUGAACCUGAGGCACAAAUGGAUCAGCGAGGUCCGCAGCCAUUUGCCCCGCAUCCCCGUUUUGGUGGUGGCCACUCAGACUGACCAGCGUGACAUGGGUCCCUACAGCUCCUCCUGUAUCAGCCCGAUGGACGGGAAGCGGCUGGCGCAGGAUGUGCGAGCCAAAGGCUACCUGGAGUGCUCUGCCCUCAGCAACAGGGGCGUGCAGCAGGUGUUUGAGUACGCCGUGCGGACAGCGGUCAACCAAGCCAAAAGGCAGAGCAGGCGGAAGCUCUUCUCCAUUAAUGAGUGCAAGAUCUUCUGAGGACUGUCAGCGGUGGUUUUGCUCACGUUUGUCCCUUCUGUUUUCUCACAAAGACACUGCAGCAGAGAGAAUGGGAGGUGAAUCAAAGGAGAGCUCCUGGCAGGACCACAAUGCAGGUGCCUCUUGUGAGACACAUCUGCUCUUUAUCUGAUCCUCUCCCCUCCAAAACACUUGGGCGCUAUCUUGAAAAAUGAAAGGUGCAUACCCUUAUUCACAAGCCUGUGUUUGGACUUUGCUAGCUUGAACUGGAGCAGGCCUAGCCUGCAGAUCUGCAGAUAACAACAGUACUGAUUUUGGUUUUGUGUCUGUCAGUGUUCCACAGUUGUUGGUUUGUCUGCAUCUGCAUUUAUUUAAUGACAAACUUCUGCCUGGAUCUGCCCCCACCUCUGUCCUUGUGGAUAUAUUUUUUACUUAAGAAUGCAGUAUAUACAACCUGACCAAUGUGUAUUUUAUUUAGAGGACUCUUGUAUACAUUGUAAAAUACCGAAAGUUUGUUUUAAUAUUUUUGAGGUUCUCCCUUUAGCUAACUACAGAAACAAAUUGUCUUAUCCAUGUAAAAAAUGGCCUGCAGGCAAGCCUAGCACUUCCUAGACAUGCCUGAGUCAUUGCAUAACAGUCAUCAGUAUGUCCAGCAUAGGAGCAAUCAAAAUUUAGUGACAUUUGACAGCUGUCCUGCAGUUUUGUGAGAUUGGCUACCUUAGUAUUGUUCCUCAGCAACAUUGUCAAAGGUGGGAAACUGAUCUGAUUCUUCCCAGACUUCACCGGGUUACAAUCUCAGCAGAGCCUGCAGACAGGGUUAGUUUAGACAUGUGGUUGGGCUGGCAGCGCUAAAUCUGGGCUACCAUCACCUCUAUUGUCCCUGCUGUAAUUCUGGUGGCAAAAGAUUUCAGUCUCUAGAAAUGGAAGAUAUUUUUUCAUGAGCACUUAAAUUCUCACAUACUUUUUUUCAAAGCAGUGGUUUUAGUGAAACCAGUCACCUACAUUAGUAAAAGACUGAGUACAUAGCAAGGUUGACUGCGGGUCUUUAGAAUGGCUAAACGACUUUUUUUUUGAGUUUGCAUGCUAAGUAUAACUGCCUAGGUUGUAUCCAAGUAAGAUUGAAACAGGGUUUACAUCCUAGGGAGCCAGUCAAGUCUAGGAGCCAAAUCCUGAUGUAUGUACUGAGGCCAAGUUACCCUUCUGCACAGAAAGGCGGGCUAAGGAAAUGGAAACUUCAAGUGUGUAAGAGAACUCUGCUAGAAGAUGAAGUGGGCUCAAGACACAAUGCUUUACGUUCCUUGUGAAUAGUGCUGGUCCCCUCCUCCUCAUAUUAUUUAUCCCCUCUGUCCUGCACCCUGUCUUAGGUCUUGCAGAUCUGUCUCAUCCCAAGAGAAUUUCUUAGUGCAGCAAGAUUUCCUUUGUCCCUUUCCCCAUCCUUCAGCUAGCUCAGAACUAACCUUUGAGGGGCUUAUAUAGCAUGGUGCCAUAAAAGAUGGCACAUAGCACAGUAGGAUUAUCUCACCUGUGAUGUAGGUGAGCAAGUAUUUACACUGUGGGCACCUUGAUUGCCAGUAGGGCGGGGAGCACCUGGUGUUGUGAUUGCCCCACCAGCUUCUAGACUCUUGAAUAUUUACCGCUCAUUAACCUGAUUGUAAGGGAGGCUUCUGAUCAUAAAAUAUCCUGGUCUCAUCUGAGGUUUUUAUAUCAGCCUUAAAUCUUUACAAACUUCUGCGCCUGAGCACACACACAAGACAGGGACUUCUGUCACCACCUAUCUUCUCUGAAUUCUCGUUCCUACUUCUCUUUCUUCUCAAGUGUUGAUUUGUUCCUGAAACACUAAAACUGGCAUGUUAUGAAAGAAUCUGAAUGGCGUUGUACUUGUGUAGAGUUAUGCAAGUAGCCAGGUAUUUGCGGCCCUCAGUUAAAAAUCUUUUGGCUUUUGGGAGAAAUACGCUUCUACAUGUCAACUCUUGCAACACCUCUCCACUGGAAGUCUUAGGUUUUGUAACUCUAAUUUAAAAGUAGCCAUUGUUACUAUUUGAACAUUAAAGAUAGCAUGAAAAAUGUCACAUUAUGAAUUUUCAAAUCUGUUACAAUUGGGGACAUUUUUGUUAUGUUCUCUACUCCACUAAUGGAUUUAAUACCUGAUUUCAACUAUUUUUACGACAUAUUUGUUCCAGAAUGCUCUAUUCAAUAGUCUUUUCUCCCCCCCAGAGGGUUAAUUUGUUUACAACAGCUUAUGCUGGUGUUUUUAUGUGCUGAAGAGCAGAAGUCACCAGGUGAGAAUGCUGUGUUGUGGUAUCUGCCGCCAAGUGCUGCAUUCAGGCACCAAAAGGUUUCACAGAAUUGUUAUCAGAGAUGAAGCCAGGUGAAGAUGCGCUCCAGAAUCACACUGGAACUGAAAAUCUCAUCUGUAUUAGCUUCACAAAACUUGUUAUGCUGUGUUACAAAAUUAAGAAAUCUAUGUCUGUUGCAAUUCAGUGAAGCCAAGUGGAUAGGCUUCUUUGAGAUGCCUGAACUGAUGAUACAGGAUACACAUGAAAUUUAGGGAUGGCUUGAUAUACUCUUGAUUGUGCAUUAUAGAGUCAGUGUAAGGUGUGAGGCUGCUGAAAGCCAGCUGAUCUUUAAAAUCUAAUUGGAAAGAGUAUAAAGUGAUAGGGAUUUUGGUUUCGUGCUCAGUGAAAAAAAUGGUUCAAAUUUUCACAGCCUGGUUAUUUUCAAACUCUCAAAGCUAAAAGGCACUUUUCACUGGGAACAAACUGUGAAGCACAUAUAUUUUAGUGCCUGUAAUUAUGCAGUUUUCCCUGAGCUAUAGAACUGAUGUGCUUAAAAAUGUGGCAACCCCAAAACAGAGGUUGAAAUCUAGACACACCAGAACUCAGAUGAAGAUUUGGCCAAGUGGUAUAUUGGGGUUUGCAACUUGCACAACUGCAGCCCUGUUGUUUGUGGUGGGAACAAGGGACUGCUGAGGUCUCCUGUGAAACCCUUCCAGGCUGGUUUUGCUUGUGUUUACUUGGGUAACAGGGUCCCUGGGUACUGUAUGGCAGUUAAAAUCUGGCUCUGAUAUUUAAAAUACAUUAAAAUGACUCAUGAAAAUUUAACUUCUUUUGCUCUGAAAAACAGCAAAACAUAAAAUGUAUGCAGCCCUGCCUCAGCUGGGUCAAGCUUUCAGCAGAGGGAAGAGACCUUGCCCAAAUACUCUCCUUCUAUCUUCUCAAACAGAUCCCUUUCUGUUAUUCUGUUGCUAAUGUUAUUUUUGCUUGCUAUUACAUAGGUUUAAAGUUUUGGCGUUUUUUAAGGAUUAUUUUAAAUACAGAUGUCCCAGGGUUUUAAACUUACUUGAUAUGCAGCAUACAGUAUAAACAUUUUCUACAAGUAAAUAGUAAAAAUAUGUUUCAAAUCAUCACUCUUGCCCCCCUGAUUUUUCAUACGGAAAACUAUUGAAGCUUGCCAGAUAUAAUUGAUACUGUUUUGCCUGAUAUUUGCAAUUAACAGUCUGCAAAUUUUUGUGCAAUUUUUGUGGGUACUCUGCUUUUACUAAAGUCUGUGAACACAAACUAGCUGAUGCUUGUGUUAAUAAAGAAAAUGUGUUUAAGGGACUCUAUAUAUGGCACCAUUAUGAAAGAAGUCACCAGAGGGAUCAGACAUGAAGGAAAAAAAAGUGUCAGCACUCUUGACUUCUCAGCCUUUCCUGUAUUAGUAUGGCAUUUGAGUGAAUACAGCCAUUACAAUAGUUUCUAAUAAAUGGGACAAUCCAUGUCUUUUUAGCACUUUCUCCUAGUGCUUUGGUUGCAUGCAGCUCAGGUUAAUAUAAAAGGAAUAAAAAGCUUAAUUUCAGAACAUCAGAACACUUGUCUCUCUUACCUUUGUGAGCAAAUUAACUACCUUAACUUAAUUAAAAGUCAGUUCAGUUUCGUAAACAAGCCAGAUAUGACCACAACUGGGUUAGGCAAACUCCCUUGCUCUGAAAUGACAGAAAUGAAUCUCUGUCUCUGGAUGUAAGGAUAAUGAAAUAAAG